AUGACAUCUUUCUUACUCAUGUCAGCUCAUGCCUAUAUAAAUGCAACUCACACAUAUGAAAUACACAAUCUUUCAAUCGAAACAGGUACUGGUGUAACCAACGACUUCCGUAUCAUUCCCCUGGACUUGCAAUACGCUGAAUUUGGCAAUGGGUGUAAUAGUGAUAAAGCGGAAUCAGAUCAUGUUGCAGGUGCCUCAGAUUUCAUGGAGAAUAACUGUAAUUUAGAAGGAGCUGGAAAAGAAUAUUUGAGCAAAAACUUGUCGCAUCAUUCGGCCACAAGUUGUUAUUCAACAGCACCUGACUUUUCAAAGGUGAAUAGCUUUAUCACGAAAAGGGACAAGGUUUUCAAAACUCGAAAAACAGACAAAGUUUUCGGAGGAAUCAAGACGAAUGCCAAAAACCUCCUCGAAGUGUGGAAAAACAAGAUCAAGAGUAAGAAAGCACCUCAACACAAGCCCCUUGAAAAAGAAGAUAAAUCAAAGGUUGACUUAAACUGGGGUGAUAGCUACUUUGUGAAUAACGGAGGAGUGAAUCUUACUGAGGCAAUGGAGGUGUCCGAUUUCGAGUGGACCGAAGACACAGACGAUUUGGACGAAGACUUUGAUUACUCAACCGAUGAAAGAGACCCAGCUAAUGCCACUAGUCGUAUUGUAUCACCCUUGAUUAAAAUCGUCACGCUGCUGCUUGCCACUCCAGUUGUGAUUACCAAGUUUCUCACCAUCACUCAGUUGGUCACAUUAUCGGGUAAUAUUGACGAUGGUGUCGACACUUUACAAAGCAACACUCAACUUGAAACCCAUAGUAAAAACAUAGGAACCAUGACGUUGAAGAACGCUGCCAAUUUCCCAGCAGACAUUAGUACGGUGUUGCAUCCAAGUUCCGCUGUUGAUUCAUUCUACCCAAUGCAGUCAGAUGUGAUUUAUUCAAGCAUAUUAACGUUGAGAUUUAACGAUAACGAGGGAACUGAAGUUGAAGCUGAAUAUGAUAAAGUGUUUAGCGUAUCUGCUACUCGCAAAAGCUUAAUACACAACGUUCCAGAAACAUCACCUACUACUACCCCUGAAGCAACUUAUUCUUUUACCCAUACUUUGAAUAAAAGUGAGGGUGACGGCAUGAAUACCACCGACUAUUCCAUGGUAGGAACAACACCACAGUAUAAAGUGCUUCUGUGCACUGACAGUGGAUCAAAGUCAACCUCCAAAGUGCAACAAGAGCUUGACCCUGGUGAAUUAAUAGAAUAUGAGGAUGGACAUUUCGUUUUAGGUAGAAAGCUGCUAAAAAGGAUCACAACUAUACCACCAGUAGAUGCAACGACGACGUACAAGACGUUUGCAACAACGACGCCAAAGACUCUGAUAGCGACAAAAUUAUUCAGUAUACUCCCAAUUAGGGGAACCACUAUCAUAUUGCAUCCUACAUCAUUUCCAAAAAUUGGUGGGAGUAGGCGAAUUAGUGUGAAGACAGCAUAUGACUCCACAAUUUUUACUAACGAGAUUUCAAUAGCUAAUGAAACCUCAAGCUUCUAUAAUUAUCAUCUUGAAAAUACCCUGAAAUUGAACAGCUCAGCACAUAGUGAAAACCUUUGUGCUAUUAUCAUCGCAAAAAUCACUUCGCUGGCUGUGAUUAACGGCUCUCAUGUUGUGCCUCGUGGCGCUAUUAACGCCACCAAAGCAUAUUUGGUUAUCGCCGUCAACAACUCGAUACUCAAGAUAAUUAAUCCAAGGAACAUGGCCUGCGAGGGCUCAUUCCAAGCUUAUGACAUCGACUACAGGAUAACUUUUAUAGAGCCUGUAUUUAACUCGAGCAAUUUGGUUGUAACUUUGGCUGAAAAGCAAGGGUUCCCCCUGAUUAUCAAACUUUGGGACUUGACGAGGAUAUUAAACAUGGAGAAAUUGGAAGCUUCGGAAUACAAGUUCAAGUUUCAAACGCAAGUUGCCGUUACUGAAAACAGUCGAGGCAAUGGGGCGCAAAGUGAAAACUCGUUCCCCAUAAGUUGUUUUAAAUUCAAUUAUGAUUUAACGUGCUUGGCGGUGGGGUACACCAAUGGAAAAGUCUUGCUCAUAAGGGGUGACUUGUUACGUGAUAGAGGUUCAAAGCAGCGAGUCAUAUAUGAGAGUGUUGCCAAUGAUCCUAUAACUGGGAUCCAAUUCAAUGAACCGGAACAAAUACUAUAUGUCACUACAACUUCGAAAGUGUUGACGGUGUCCACCACGGGUCGCAACCAUGGCAAACCUUUGCGGGUGCUAUCGCAAAAGACUGGUGCUGACUUGGAAUGUACUGAGAUUGGAAGUAAACUGGAGUUGAUUGUGGGGCUCCCCGAUUCCAUAAGAUACUAUGAUCCUACAACGAAAUUAAAGACAAUCAAUUUUGACGUCCCCAAGUCGAGAAUCUCCAGGAUGCAUCAGUUUAUAUUGAUGGUAAGCUCAACAGAUAAUGAAAACCUGCUGCGGUUUCAAUCAAGGGUGAUUAUACUUGACACUAGGAAUAACCACAUUUCACUCAAUUUAUUGAUCCCUCAAAGUGUGAUCAAAUUUGCCUUCAAAAUGAAUAAUGAGAUUUACCUUUUAUCAAAUGACGGAGUAUUGUACAGAAUCUACGAAAAGCCGGUUAACCAGCAAAUUGAACUAAUUUUGCAAAGAGAACUCUUCUCAGUGGCCUUCAGUUUAGCCAAGCAGCUGAAACUUCCAUCUGAAACAUUGUUGAGGAUACAAAGAUUGCACGCAGAUUAUUUAUUUGACGAACAAAAGUAUGAUGAUUCAAUGGAUGUCUAUAUUAGCUGUCUUGAAUUAUUCAAGAAUGGACAGGUGGAAAUUGGCAAACUGGACAGCGAAGAGGAUAGAGAUGAUUAUAUCAUGAAUGUGAUUACGAAAUUCAAAGAGGCAAUAAAUACGGCUAAUAUGGUGAGGUUCUUGGAAAGGUUGCAUGCAAUGUACAUUGCCACCGUGGACCACAUCACUUUACUAUUGUGUUGUUUAUGCAAAUUGAAGAAUCUCGAAAAGAUCGAUUCCUUUAUUGAUGAGUUGGAUUUGUCUAAUGAGAAAUUGCAGGAGCUAAACUUUCCCCUUAUCAUAAACUUGUUCAAAGAAUGUGGAUUUUACAAGCAGGUAUUGAGGCUACUAUACAAGCUAAAUCAACCCAAUUUGAUUGUUGAUAUCCAGUUGUAUGACUUGAACAAACCAAAAUUGGCCUUGAAUUAUAUGAAGUCGUUGAAAAUUGAUGACUUGCUCUUGAUAUUGAUUGACCAGUCGAAAAAGUUGUUAGAUUCUAGUCCCAUUGAAACGACCGAGCUUUUGAUUAAUGUGUUUACUGGGAAAUAUCAACCAGUCGAGUCUCGGCAAGCUCCUUCUACUACUGCACCUGAUGGCAAGUUAGAAGAAGAUGAAAAUGCAGGAGAAGGUGCGAUUGAAUUGACCAACUACAAGGCGUUUUUAAACUACUUGACUCUUCGUGGCAAUGAUGAUCAAGACAACGGUGCUACAGAAGAAGCACAGCAACAAUCCCCUUUAAACAAAGAGCCGACAUACUUACCCCCCAAACCGAACUUGAUCUAUUCUAGCUUUACCAAUCACCCGCAUGAGUUUGUUAUAUUCCUCGAGGCAUGUAUUGAGGCAUUUGACAGAUACCAAGGAAACCUCAUGGAUAAAAAGGAGGUGUUGAUCACAUUGCUUGAAAUGUACCUUUCGUUGAGUAGUAAAACUGGCGAAGCAGAUUGGUUAGAUAAGGCGCAAUCCAUCAUCGACCAGUAUGGAAAUUUAUUAGACGACGACUCGUUGUUGUUAUUGAGCCAUUUGUAUAAAUUCAAGCCGGGCGAAAUCAAAGCAAGAGAGGACAAUGGAGAUGAAGAAGGUAUAUUCAUGACGUAUAAAAUAGAGGAGGACGUUGAAGGGUGUUUUAAUGUGUUGCAAAAGUACGGACAGACAAAGCCCCAAUUUUACAAAAUGAUGCUUGAAUUUAUUGUAUCCAAGCGUGAGAUUUAUGAAAAAGUCAAUCAUGAUGACAUACAGGCAAUAUUACAGCAGAUUAGGAAGUUCAAAUUAUUGGACCCCCUCGAAUUGAUUGACUUGCUCAAUGGUGGUGGAUCGAGCGACAAUGAAUUUGUAACAUUUGGCAUUGUCAAGGAGUAUUUACUUGAGUAUUUCACAACUCAAGAACAAGAAAUCACCAACAACGAGAAGCUCAUUGAGAUGUACGAGCAUGACUCAACCAAGAAUUCCUACAAAUUAUCCGAACUAACACACCCUUUUGUCAUGCAGAAUAAUAAGUGUUCGGCAUGUCACAUGAAGUUAGACUUUCCCAUGAUUCAUUUCAAGUGCAAACAUUCUUUCCAUCAGAAAUGCUUGUCGUCAAGUCUUGUUGCUAAUCCUAUUAGUAAUGGAAAUAAUCAUUUCCUUGAUGAUGUUAGUGACACUCAUGGACCACGGUGCCCUAUAUGUGCCCAAGAUAUGAGUGACGUGAAUGACGUCAAGCAAAAUCAAUUUAAGAUGAAGGAGAAUGUGGAUUUUUUUGUGCAAUCAUUGCAUGAAAGCACUGAUACAUUUAAAUUUAUCUCUGAGUAUAUAGGCAAAGGAGUGAUGGAAGAUGAGUCGGUUAGCUUUGAUGAGUGA